GGCUAUAUAGAGCCCCGAGCGGUGGGAAAAUGCUCACUUUCAGGGGCGAGGUGCUGAGCUGUGGCCCGGCCGCGAGGCAGAAGGGUGCAGAUAGGCGCAGGGCGGGAGGCGCGCGGCUCAGGAGCCCCUCAGCCGGGAAGGUGGCCGCGGAGCGCACCUUUGCUCCCCUGAGCCCAGCCUGAGAGAAGGCGGCGGCCGCCGGCAGCUCAGCCCGCUCCCAACGCCCGACGGGGUCUGGGCACAAACUUGUGCUCGGGGGCUCGUUCAACUUGCUGGGUCUGAAUUGGGCCGGCGGGUCUUCGGGGUGGGCGGCUAGGUAGCGGGACGCUUGGCUCAGCCCUUCCUGCUCGCCUCGGCUCUCUCUGCCCAGCCCGCCGCCGCCGAGGGCUUCUGGGCACUGAGGAGCAGGAAGCGGCCAGGUUGGCUCCGAAGCUGCUGCAGAGUGGCAGCCAGGUGCCCGCAGGCGGGGGAAGAGGCUUGGCCGCUGGCGGCUUAGGUGCCCGCCGUCGCCUUCCUGGUCCCUCCGAGCGGGGCGCUCCCGUUGCCUCCGGACUGCGCUCCGCCGCCAGUCCAGCGCUCGCCCUCCCCGGCGCCAAGGGAGCCGCGGCCAUGAACAUCCUCUUGGAGUUCUUCGUGGUUACCUUCAAGGUCCUGUGGGCGUUUGUGGUGGCUGCGGCCAAGUGGUUCAUGCGCCCCAAGGAGAAGAGCGUGGCGGGCCAGGUGUGCCUCAUCACCGGCGCCGGCAGCGGGCUGGGCCGCCUUUUCGCCCUGGAGUUUGCCCGCCGUCGGGCGCGCUUGGUGCUGUGGGACAUCAACACGCAGAGCAACGAGGAGACGGCGGGCAUGGUGCGUCACAUCUACCGAGAGAUCGCCGAAGAAGCCGUCGCCGCCGCCCGGAAAGCUGGGCAUGGAGAAGAGGAAGUGCUACCUCACUACAACCUGCAGGUCCAUACGUACACUUGUGAUGUGAGCAAAAGGGAGAAUGUCUACAUGACUGCUGAGAGAGUCCGCAAAGAAGUUGGUGAAGUCUCAGUCCUGGUUAAUAAUGCUGGCGUGGUCUCUGGACAUCAUCUCCUGGAAUGUCCUGAUGAGUUGAUCGAGAGGACCAUGAUGGUUAAUUGCCAUGCACACUUUUGGACUGCUAAAGCAUUCCUUCCAAAAAUGCUGGAGUUGAAUCAUGGGCAUAUUGUGACUGUUGCAAGUUCCCUUGGCCUGUUCAGUACUGCAGGAGUGGAGGAUUAUUGUGCCAGUAAAUUUGGAGCUGUGGGUUUUCAUGAAUCUCUAAGCCAUGAACUGAAGGCAGCUGAAAAGGAUGGCAUUAAAACAACCCUGGUCUGCCCUUACCUUGUAGACACUGGAAUGUUCAGAGGUUGCAGAAUAAGAAAAGAAAUUGAGCCAUUCCUUCCACCUUUGAAACCAGACUACUGUGUAAAGCAAGCUAUGAGAGCUAUACUUACUGAUCAGCCUAUGAUUUGUACACCUCGCUUAAUGUAUAUGGUCACUUUCAUGAAAAGCAUCCUGCCUUUUGAAGCCGUUGUGUGUAUGUAUCGAUUCUUGGGAGCAGACAAGUGUAUGUACCCUUUCAUUGCUCAGCGCAAACAGGCUACAAAUAACAAUGAAGCAAAAAAUGGGAUUUGACCUCUAACGACGGACUAGCAUUUGUAGCAGAAUUACGAUCAAAACCUACAACUGAAUUGUGAAGUGCACUUGCAUUUAGCUGAUGCAAUCAUUAAAACCUUUUACUGUGGCAUUCUCUUGGAUCUUUUACCUGUAUAGUGGGCAGAAAUAUAACUGUUUUUACAUACUGUAUAUAAAGUAACUCAAGUUAUUGGAAGUGUGACAGGAAAAAUGAAUUUUAAAAUAUAGUGGUUACCUUUGGUCCUUUCAGAAUUUUUGCUAAGUGUACAGUAACUUUAGCCAUGAUACUAUUUUGUAGAAAUAAACCUAUAUAUGACUUCCUCCUGAGCUGACCAUUCAAAUAUAAUUAUUUCACAAACUGUUUUAACUUUUCUGUGGUAUUAAAUUAUGCAGUGAAUCCUAAUGAAAUUUAGCACUGCAGUGUUCCAGAGGAGAUCACCUAGCCUAUGAGCUGAAUUGUAAGGUAAAUUCUCCUAUGUAACAUCUGCAUGUAUUGAUUCUAAGUCUCCCUGAUUCAGAAGUAAUAUUGACAUUUCAGAAACCUUUCAGAGCAAACCUGUGUAAUUAAUCUCUUCGCAUUGUGUGUGUGUGUAAAAUGCCAUCAGGUCGCAGCCAACUUGUGGCAACACCAUAGGAUUUUCAAGGUAAGAGACUAACAGAGGUGGUUUAACCUUGCCUUCCUUUGCAUAGUGGCCCUGGAAUUCCUUUGUGGUUUCCCUUCCAAAUAUGAACCAGGGCGAGCCCUGCUUAUAUUAUAAGAUCUUAUAAGAUCGGGCUAGCUUGAGCAAUCCUGGUCAGGGCCUCCUCCCAUUACUAAGAUACAAUUCAUGACAUUAGAACAAAGUAGGAGUCAAGUGGCACCUUUAAGACCAACAAAGUUUUAUUCGGAAUGUAAGCUUUUGUGUGUGCAUGCACACUUCUUCAGACGAGGAAUCAAGUACAGUGAGCAGAGCUACAUAUAGCUGGUAGGCAGUGGUUUAGAAUGCAUUAGAAUUUUGCAUUCUAAACCACUGCCUACCAGCUAUAAGUAGCUCUGCUCACUGUAUCUCAUUCCUUUCUCUGAAGAAGUGUGCAGAAAGCUUACAUUCUGAAUAAAACUUUGUAGGUCUUAAAGGUACAACUUGACUCCUACUUUGUUCUACUGCUUCAGACCAACAUGGCUGCCCACUUGGAUCUAAUUCAUGGCAUUAAACCUAUAAACGUUAAGCUGUCAACUUGUGUUUUGGGACGACAGUCCAAUCCUGUGUAUAUUUACUUGAAGUUCCCUUGAAUCGACAGUUUGCUCCCACAUAUUCGUAAGAUCACAGUGUAAAAAAAAAGGACAUUUAAAAACUCUUUCCCCCCCCCCCCUGCCCCAAUUCACCUUCCAGCACUGUGUAAUAUAUUUUGUUCUCUAAGCUCUGGCCUAAAACUCAAAGCAAUGGAGUUAGGAGAAGAACAACUGCAAGUCAUGGUUUUUGUGCCAACUAAUUCUAGAGCUAAAACAAUGCUGAAUGCAACUUGAAUGUUGGAGGACAGAAAGGUGUAAAAACUUUUUUUUAAAAUGUAUUCACAUUGUAGAACAGGAAGACAUUUUUACAAUUUUUUUGUAAAAAGAAUUUUGUGCCUUCAAAUUGGUAAUCUGUAUUAGUGGAAUAUUGUAAAGGUGAACUACCUCUAUAUCUAAAUGUACACCAUCUACUUGUAAAUUACUAUAAAAUGAAUCCUGUGAUGACUUUUUUUAGAAUGUCAUGUUAAAUAGUGACCAACCUUUGUGGUGAUUAAAGUAAGCCACUUUGUUCUUUAAA